AUGCAGGUGUAUCCUGAGCACUUCCUCGAGGAUUCAUUCCUCAAGUAUAUCGGGUGGUUAUUGUAUGAUAAGGUGAGUGACGUUCGUCACAAAUGCAUACUCGCACUUCUGCCGUUGUAUGAACGUACGGAAGUGGUUGCAAAGUUGGAAUUGUUCACGAAUAAAUUCAAGGAUCGUUUGGUGAGUAUGGUGAUGGAUAAGGAUAAUGAAGUUGCAAUGCACGCUUGCCAGUUACUUACAGCUAUUUACAGGUUAUAUUUUUUUUUGAGGUGA